GUAGUGUUACUGGCACUAAGGCAAAGCAAAGGGGAUAUAUUUUUAGUGUAAUAGUUACUCCUCUACACUCUCAGUGUGCUGCUAGUCUCGUCUUUCCCAGCUUUCUUAAAACGAAGAAAUACAACAUGCAAAGCCAUAGUAAAACAGAACAAGAACAAAGUGCUCAUUGGGUCCCUCUAUUGUUGCAUUUCUGUAACCACUUCUGUUUGGACCCUACUCUCGCGAGUUCCCAGACAGAGCAUGUUGUCAGUACGUGGCGACUAAACACACAUAUCGGAUCCGCUGUACUGUAUAGGCGGGUUGGCAUCGUUUAGGGGGUGCAUUUACUAGUUUGAAACCAAACAUUUUAAUUGAUUGUAAAGUACUAGACGACCUGUGGAUGACAAGAUCUGUGGACUGGGUUUUAUUUUAAUCUUUUUUUAAGCAUAUAUCACGUCGUUUUAAUUAGUCUUCAGGCUGCAGGAUGUCAGAGAUGGAGUCCUCCCUAGAAUUGACCAAUUCUCUCACCGCCUCUUCGCUCCCACCGCCCCGCUCUCGUAUCUUUAAAAUCAUCGUGAUUGGAGACUCUGGGGUCGGCAAGACAUGUCUGACCUACCGGUUCUGUGCGGGCAGGUUCCCGGACAAGACCGAGGCCACAAUCGGAGUAGACUUCAGGGAGAAAAUUAUCGAAAUCGACGGAGAGAAAAUUAAGGUCCAGUUAUGGGACACGGCUGGGCAGGAGCGGUUCAGGAAGAGCAUGGUGCAGCAUUACUACCGCAACGUGCACGCCGUGGUCUUCGUGUAUGACGUCACCAAUCCCUCCAGCUUCCAGAACCUGCCAUCCUGGAUUGAGGAGUGCCGGCAGCACUCCCUGGGCAGUGAGGUGCCUCGCCUACUGGUGGGCAACAAGUGUGACCUGCGAGAGUCGGUCCGGGUGAGCACAGACCAGGUGCAGAAGUUCGCCGACUCCCAAAGCAUGCCGCUCUUUGAGACCUCGGCCAAGAACCCGGACGACAACGACCAUGUAGAAGCCAUCUUCAUGACCCUGGCCCACAAACUUAAGAGCCAGAAGCCACUGAUGCUGAGCCAGCCGGCUGGUGGGGAGAACAGUGUGCGGCUAAAGCCAGAACAAAAGCUACCUGGCGUUUGUUGGUGCUGAACCUGGUCAGCGAGGCUCCGUCUUUUAGUCGUAGCACAUGGCUGGAUGCCCCCUUGGUCUUUACUGAUGGGAAAGGUUCUUGUACUGAGGGGGGCAUCCUGGGGUACAUGGGGUUCCAACACUUUGUAGUGGCGCUCCAGUAAUUGUUGCUAGUCUAACAGUUAUCUUAAUCUGGCCACCCAAACGCAUGGUUUCACAGGACUGUUUUAACACGCUAACCUUGAAAGAUACUGUAGGGUUACACGUCAGCCUCAGCCAUUUAUUUUGCACAGUUUUAAAGAGCACAGUCCCAGUUGUAAGGAAGUAAAUGCAGAAAUGAAGGGCUUGCAUUGCUCAUUAUCCAGGAAGGACCAUUGUCUAGGAAGCUCUGUACAGGUUGGAGCAGACCCACCCAGACGUCACUGCUGUGGUCACCUUGUGGGUUUUAAGAAGAGGUAACACUAGGGUUAUUUGAAAAGUAGAGCUGCACUCGUUUGGUGGUUAAACAAACUGAUAUGAUACAAACAUGCUGUCAAGAAUCAGCCAUGUUUCUGUAGCUCCUUUAUUCUAGCAGACAUUCAUCAGCCCUGCAACAGCCAGUGAUUGAGAAACGUCCUCCCUGCCAAUCUGUCUGGAUGUGUUCCUGUACCUAUGAGCACCUUGGGGGCCACCUUCUGUGGGCGCAUAGAGUAUUAUUUGCAACAGUGUCUUGCUCUCCUUCAACUUGAAAAUAUCAAAGCUACACUCAGAAACACUGUACAUUGCCUCUAUGCACAAAUGUUUUAGCCCCGUGCAGGCAACUACCCAAAGCUAAUGUUUUUGUCUUUUGUAUAUAUAAAGGUUUGUGCUGUCAAACCAGAUAUAUGCUGUUAAAAAAAAAAAACAUUAAAAAAUGUAAUACUUCGGUAGAAAAAAAAUACAGAUAUUUCACAGCUGGCCCUGUGGAAGUCAGGUAUUUUUUUUUUUUUUAAAACAAGAAAUCAUGAGCUAUCAGUGCCAAGCCUGUCUGUCUGUAUUUGUAAAGUACUGUUUCCAAUCAAGUGCACGUUUAUUUUUGUCCAAUUUGCAAGAAUAUCAACUAGUCUAAAGCCACAAUCACGGAUAUAGCCACUGUAAUAUCAUGAAGUAGACAGCUUAUCUGUGCAUGUUUCAAACUCUUACAAAAAAAGUCAACUGCUUUGAUUUGUUCUGUAAUAGCUGUAUAUCACUUCUGCACGUCUGCCUAUUGUUUUCAGUUGCCACAGUGUUCAACACUAAAGUACGUUUUCAACGGCUGUUUGCCUCUGUCUUAGUACUAUGGUUAGGGGAUGUGAUUUUGUCGCUGUGAAAAUCCCGGCUAAAAAUAGAAAAUUUCACAGAAUGGUCAUGGCUGCAAAGAUUUGAACUUAAAUGUGCAAAGUAAACAACAUUUAAUGUGUUUUCUUUUAACACACUGCUUCUGAGCAAAAAUAGACUUUUUUUUUAACAGUACCUUUUUUAAAAAUAAAAAUAAAAACUAGGAACAGGAAUAUGCUGUUACUAGUUUGUAGUUUGUCCAAUUUGUAAAAAAAAAAUAAAAAAAACAAUUCUGAACAUUGAAAUGUAGUUUUCUUUAAAUGAAUGUUCUGGUUGUUUAUUGAAUUUUGCAGUAACCUUUUCGUUUAUGUCUGUUUAAACACAGCUGUGGUUUUGGUAUUAGAAGAUGUACAUUAAGAUUAGAAGGAUCGUUCUGCAUUUACACUGUGACAGGUUAAGCACCUCAGGGGAACGACAGCAAGAGCUGCAAAUCGGGGUUCAUGCUUCUCCAGAACUGUAACCCGCCCUCCCUUUAGGCUUUGCAUUAUCAAGUAUAUGCAGAGUGUGUUUUCUGCACGAAUGGCUUCGGUUAAUUUGAAGUUUGUUUCUCGUUAAAGCUGCUCCCUCUGCUUUCGUGAAAUUGUUUGGGUUGUUUCUCUGCUUGUUGUUUAGAACUUCAUUUUGCCACUUUGUUUUUAUAAUUCUGUCGCAGUAUUCACCUUUAUUUGAUGUUUGAAAACCGCUUUAACUUUGCACUGAAACCAAUUCAAAAGACUUGAACUUGAAUUCGAAAGACCUUUCCUAUUUUCACACUGACUAGAAACAGAUGUCAAAAUUCACAGGUCUGUGACAAAAUCACAUCCCUAAUUAUGGUGGCUGAACUGUGCAGGAGGUGUAUUUGCAAGGUUUGGUGGCAUGUAGGAUUAGGAAUAUAGAAAACCCAGGAGUCUUAAGCCAUAUCUAAUAAGAGGAAUGUUGUGAACCCAGCUAAGGGGGCGUACAAGUUGAACAGUGGGAAGUUUUGUAAGUUUGUGUUUCUGUAUGAUCAGUUAAUGAGUGUCUUCUGUUGUGACAGAACGUUUGACUGCGAUGUCUCAAACACUUGUCACUCACGGCCAUACAGUACAUUGGAUUGUACUAGUUCUUUUUCCUCUGAAUCCCCUGAGUCUGUAUCAUGCAUCGAUGGAAACAAGGCUAAAGAUAUAAAGGAUAUUCACCUCUUGGCACGGGGGGCAUGUUUUAUGGUUCUAUUCCUUUGUUAGUCAUUGCCAGCUGCUUGAUUAGUCAUCUCCGCACUGCUUGUCAGUAGAUAAUGAAGUCAUGCUGAGAGGUACAUGAAAAGGGACAGUACACUACGACCUUUGUGCUGUAAUGUACUUUGUUUUGUUUUAAUGCAGAAUGGAUUACAAGCAGUUCAUUUUCAUCUGCAAUUAUGACCAUGUUAGAGGCUUGAAGCCUUACAAAUCAUUCCCUCUAAAUGAUGACUGCAUUGAAAAUCUGAAAUGCUUCCUUAAUGCUAAAGUGGAAGUGUUCAAUACUGUUUGUUUCAUGUUAUUUUACGGUAAGGGACCAGCAGUUAAAGUAUGGUUAUGCACCAGUUUCCCUUUUUUUCUCAAAGAAUAUUACUUUUUUUAUUUUAAAUAAAUGCUGUCUCGUUGACUUUUACAUCUGUUCAGUGAAGUGUACUUUUUAGUAAACAAAAAAAAGGGAAUGAAAUAUUCAUUUAAUGUAUGGUGGGACCUGUGUCACUGAAAGUACAUCCAAAUAAAGGUAUUCAAAAGGGAAAUCAGGUGGAUUUUUUUUUUUUUCUGAAAUGUUUUUUAACUCAGCAAGGGAUAUUUAAAGUGUCAAAACCUAAUGAGAUUGUGUGUUUUUAAGCAGGAAUGUUAAAACAUAACUAGACUAAGGGAAAUACUGCUUUUAUGUAAUUUUACAAUCCUUUUUUAUUUUCAAUUUUUUUGUGAAGGCAGCGAUUUUAAAAAUGAUUAUACUAAUGUUUUAUUGUGCAAUAAAUGUCAACAUUUCAUAGUA